CUUAAACUAUAUUGAUUAUUGCGGACUGUGAUAUUUUUGGGAAAUGAAUUUAUAUCAAUAAAAACAUCAGAUGAUAGGAUCUACGAUAUUUUGGACAUAUUCUUCCAUUGUAAUUAUUUAAUGAAAUAAAAAUGACUUCUGAAAAUCCAUUUAUAUAUUUCUGUCACCCAUGUUCACGGCAACAGAAGUAUCAAAUAGCAACAAACUACUGCAGGGAUUGUGGGCAAACUGGAGCUUUUAUAUGCUGGCAGUGUAAACGGCAACACGAGAAGUUUGAGGUGCUCGGAACUCAUGUUAUACAAGCAAUAUCUGGGAACUGUUCAAGCACGGGUAAAGAAUGUUCAUGUCCGGACACGUACAUGAAAUACAGAGGUAGUGAGCCACAGGCAAACAAACGAGUAAAAUUUUGCAUUUAUCAAGAAGUCCAAAACCUGAUAGACUUAUAUGAGAAAUCUAAAGCUAAUCUAUCAACUGUUGAGGCAAAGAGAAUCGCAGACAUUGAUGAAUUGAAGAAGGAUAAAACUAAAAUUAAAAACACAAUUAAAGACAUCAGGGGAAACUUGAAUAAGCAGCUUGAUAGAAUUGAAAAGGAAUCGCUGAGAGAACUUGAUAUCAGAUCACAGAGAUCAGAGGAUAGGAUCAGAAACGAAGUUAAAUACAUACAGGAAAUGUCGCAUAAAUGGGACAAUAAAAUGAGAGAAGUUGAACUGUUUAAGGGAAAUGACGUUUAUGAAUUUCAGAGGGUUGUGUACGAAGGUAAAAUGUUGAAAGAGAAGAGUGAUACAUUAUGGGAACAUGUGAAGAAGAAUGAGUCAGAGAGGUUAGAUUUCGUACCAAAUCAAGAUAUCUGUAACGGUAAAUUUGAUUUCAAAUCGUUUGGAAAUUUCGUUGACGAUAGGAUCUAUGAGUAUAAUACGUCCUUGCAAGAUGAGUAUGAUAUCUCAAUAAAAACCGAUGAUACUGACCUUGAUUGUGACAUCACAGGAUGUUGUGUAAUGUCUGAUGGCUCAGUAAUAUUAGCAGAUCAUACCAACGCAAAUCUAAAAAAACUGAAUAUCAAUUUCAAAGUAUUGUCUUCAUGUAAUCUUCCGGGACCACCCUGUGAUGUUUGUGCUAUAAGUAACACCGAAGUUGCAGUAACUCUACCAACAAAAAAGACUGUACAGUUUGUAACGGUUGACGGAGAACUUAAACUUGGAAAAUCUCUUUACGUUGGAUAUGGUUGUAUGUGUAUUGAAUACUGUUCAACUUCGCAACAAAUAUUUCUCACAUAUGAUUGGCCCAUGCAAAUUUGCGUCUUUAGUAAAGAUGGCGACUUUUUGCAUGUCAUCUGGAGCAAAAAAGAACAAAGUCUAACGAAUGAAGGUUUGAGCAAAAAGGAAAAAAUAGAUUCAAAAACCGAUGCAAAAAAGCAAUUAACUGAAAAGACUAACAGUUCAAGCAUGUUUUCAUGUAUUUCUGAUAAAAGUAGAAAAUCUAAAAGUGAAAAGAAAGGAAUUUUCCAUUAUCUUGAAGAAAUAAUGUUUAGUUCGGGUGAUCAAAGAUUGUAUGUAUGUGAUUUAGAAAAAGGUCUGAUAGUGCUGUCAGUGGAUGGGCAUGUUAUUUCAGUUGUAAGAAACUUCAGAGAAAUGCCCGAAUUUGCUCCAAGAAGAAUAUGCAAGGGAUGUAACGAUGAUUUCUUUGUGUAUGGGCAAAGUGAAAAAAGUAAAGAUUUUGGUAUGCUUCAUAUUGGAAGAGACAAGAAAGUUGUAAAGAUGAGAGGUGAUUUACUGAGAAGACAGGAUUUGGGAGAUAUAGAAGCAAUGUGUUUUAAUAGACUUACAAAUCAGUUGAUAGUAACGACUAAAGCUGACAACUGGAUCAAAGUCUUCAAUGUCUUAUAAAACGUUUUAUUUUGCUAAGACAUCAAGUCUUUACGCUUUAACCUUCUCAAACAAUGUUUAUAAACAUGCAAAUCUAUGCUUGAAUAAAGAAUAAUUUCCAUUUAGGUAUUUUUUGAAUAAUAAACUUUAAAACAAAUAUCUUUAAACGUUUUUAUAAUACAGAAAUAUAGUUGAGAACAAUCAUUUAAAAACGUUUUCAUAUGUUUA